AUGGAACAAAUGAGCAUCGAAACUUUGGACCAAGUAUUCACAGAACGAAUCGCAGGUGCCAAAGAAGCCCUAGACCUCUCCAGAAACUUUAGCAAGCAGCUGAAGGACAAAAUUAUUUACGAGCUGGACGAGGCAAGCUACCUCUUCAAACAACUGAGACACUCCCUAGAGAAAGUCGUCUCUCACAACCAGGACCUCGAAAAACAGAUCGAAAAUUCUCGGACUUCAGCUUCCACGAGCCACGCGACCCCACAAAUGGGGAAACAAUCUUAUGCUGAAGUGGUAAAAAGACCACCCAGACCCUCUAACGAUAGAGUAGUGUUAAUUUAUCCGAAAGAAAAUGGAAAUAUCGAAACAGUAAUGCAAGACCUGGAGAAAGAUAUUAAUCCGACGAAAAUAGGAGUCGGUAUAGAAGCCACUAGAAAAAUUAGAAAUGGCUACGCUAUAAACUGCAACAGUUCUGAAGGUGCCAAACGCCUAUCAGAAACACUAAAGACAAGGGAAGACGUCAAUGUGCGUAGUCCUGGAUUGAGGGAUCCCAGAAUUAUCCUUCCGAAAAUAAACUGGUCGGUCCAGGAAGCCGAAAUUAAGGAAUGCCUACUUAGCCAAGGCAGUCUGUCCCUUCCCCCCGACCACAUUAAACAUGUUUUCUUUAUGGGGAAGGAGGAGAAUCAAGAACGCUCGUGGGUUGCUGUUAUCUCUCCCGAGCUAAGGAGGCAGCUGGCCGAGCAGAAUGAUAAGCUCUUUAUGGGAUGGUCAACUAGGAAAAUACACGACUUUUACUACUACAAGAGGUGUUCUGUAUGCUGGAGAUACGGACACACCAAGGCUACAUGCUCCCAGAAUCCUCACUGUUCCUUCUGUGCUUCAGAGCAUCAUGCGUCGAGGGAAUGCCAGGCUGAACCAGAGGACUUCCACUGCAUCAACUGCCUACGAUAUAAUGCAUCGUGUCGCCAGCCAAAUCACCGUGUGGACCCCAGGCACACCGCUUGGAGCCGUACCUGCCCGGUCUACAAGUAUCAAGUGAAAUUAAGCAUAGCCUCGACCAGAAAGUAA